UCAUUUCGUCUGCCAUGUCAUCACUGGCUAAACCAGAAAAUAAAAUAUCUUUUGAGUUUUGACGUGCCUCUAUUACAAUUACACGUCUAGAAUGUGGUUUUUGUUUGUCUUGGCGAUUAUUUCAUCUAUAAUAUUGAUUUUGUGCGUGACCCUUGCAAUUGCUGCUGGGUUAUACUUUCUAGCUGAAUUGGUCGAGGAAUAUACCAGUAUUACAAGCAAAAUUAUUCGUUACAUGAUAUGGGCAAAUCUUGUUAUUCAAUUUGGACUUGGAAUAUUUGAGUCAUUCCCAAUUAGCCUUUUACUUUGUAAUGUCAUUCAUCAACUGUGUAAUUUGUCAAUUUUGAAGACAUUUCCUUACUUUAUUUUAACAUCACCAUCAUUCAUCCUCGGUCUAGCUUCUCUUGGACUGAACCACUAUUGGGCUUUUGCGUUUUUUGGGACAAAGUAUUUCCCCUUUCUAGAGGUGUUGGCUUACUUUACCAUCUCACUAUGGAUGAUCCCAUUUUUAUUCUUUGUAAGCCUUUCUGCCAAUGAGUAUGUUCUCCCGACAACAUCAGAAAGAGGACCACUCAUCAAUAAUGAAGAUGACCUGGUCUCACACUAUUUUUCAAGUAACAAGAAGAAAUAUGGGCUGUUAUAUUUUUUCAACUACAUCAAAGACUUAUCAUGGAUCUCCCCGCAAAAGCAAUUUUAAUACAUCUUGAAAUGAAAUAUUUGUAUUGAUUGAUAUUAAUACCAGAAACAAAUACACAUUAGGCGCUUUGUACAAACACGAA